AUGUCUAUCCGGUUCACCGACCACCUCGACGAAUUCAGACGUCUCCGAACCGAAUUUUGGAGCACCCCCGGUAUAAUCGAAGAGCUGAAAGCCUAUGAGGCCCGCAAUGAUGACUACGAGUACAAGAUCCUUAAAGGACUGAUACCAAAGCCACUGGUCGGAAGGGUGACGAACGAUGUUGGACCAGCAUGGCAAACAUCUGACACUUUUUUCACGGACUUUCCUGAGCACAACUAUCCUAAUCGCGUGUUAUCGUCCACAGAGCACUCUCACAUCAUUUGCAAUGUUGCAUGCCACGACACAAGACUGUACUCGAGCGACAUUGACCCCUCAUCGUUGGACAAGACUGCAGCCGCUGGAAUGUCAUAUAUGCACCUCUUGCUGAUCACAGAGAUGAAGGCCCAUUUCCUGGACUUCUGGAAUAGAGACGACUCGGUCAACAAGGUUAACCGUGCAAUCCACGAUGCGAUGGAAAGGCGAUACGCAGAGGUCGCUCGCGCCUAUCAACGAAGCAACAGCUCAACGGCUCCUCAACGUCUGGCCCUUCUGGACGCCGUGAUUGAAGAGUGCAGAAUUUCUGCCGUCAACUUUGCAAACACGCUACGAACGAACACGAGUGCCACAGAUGUUGUAUUCGGGUUCCACUCGCAUCCUCACCACAGCGUUGGACAUCUGCACAUGCACGUCUUGCUUGCCGACCCGCAGUUCAGGACAUACAGCACACUCGCGCACGACUGGAAGACACUUUCCUUCGAGGCGGUCGAACAUGUAUUAGGCGAGGAAGAAGCCGAACCAACGAUUCCCGGUGGAUGGCCCGCGUAA